AUGACUCAAAAUCAGGCACAACAAAAUGUCAUGCGAAGGAAACUUGUCAUAAUAGGUGACGGUGCUUGCGGCAAGACAUCUUUACUUUCCGUCUUCACCUUAGGAUAUUUCCCUACACAUUAUGUACCUACCGUCUUCGAGAACUACGUCACAGACUGUCGAGUGGACGGUCGUUCCGUUCAGCUAGCAUUAUGGGAUACGGCCGGACAGGAAGACUACGAGCGACUGAGACCCCUAGCAUACGCUAAAUCACAUGUCAUCCUCAUUGGAUUCAGUGUCGACAGCCCAGACAGCUUAGAAAACGUACGGCAUAAAUGGAUCGAAGAAGCUCGAGAGCGAUGUCCUGAAGUACCCAUCAUCCUGGUCGGUUUGAAGAAAGAUCUCAGAGAAGACCCGCUCGCCAUCGAAGAAAUGCGAAAGAGGAGCCAAAAGUUUGUCACCGCACGAGAGGGACAAGAAAUGGCACAAGCUUGCGGGGCUCGCAAAUACCUUGAGUGUUCGAGUUUGACAGGCGAAGGCGUCGAUGAUGUAUUUGAAGCAGCCACCAGAGCAGCACUCUUAAAAUUUGAUGGAAAGCAAGGUGGUGGGGGUUGCUGCGUCAUUCUCUAA